AUGUCGAGUUUGAGCAUAACCACAUACGAUGACUCCGCGCGUCUCCUUGUGCCGCAGGAUGUAGCCUUCAACUUCCAGCAAGACAGCAACGUCCGUACACUAAACUCUGGCUCCCAGUCUGCUCCGAGCGUGGGACUCCUCUAUGUCCCCAAUGUCACGGGCGUAUGCGCCCAGUCUCUGCCUCAGAAUGUAACAAGAUAUCAAGCUCUCUCCGUGAACACUCCUGCAUUCGCCAUAGCUCCAUGGAUCUCUCCUUCCUGUACCCUCAGCUACCUUCAAGCUGCCUCCAAUGACAUGGCCGUUGCCUUUGUCUUCUAUGUUCCUGAUCAGAUUAAUGCUCCACUCGCUUCGGCAAAUUCUCCUACGUGGGACCUGGGAGACAGCGGCCACUGGCGAUCCCAAACCGCCUACCCAGUCUAUGCUGUCGCCUCGCAGGUCGGCCAGAUGACCAUGCAGCAGUUGUCUCUCUAUUCCGGGAACGCCGACAGCGUACUCAGCCCUCAGCUUCUCGCUGUCCACAACAUUUCUUCUGACGCCCAUCUUCGUCUCUUGAUCAACAUCACUACCACCAGUAGUGGUGGUACCAACCUUCCUAGCAUCUGGAUCUUCUUGCUGAUUAUUCUUGCUAUCCUGAUUGUGCUCAUCGGGACCCUCUCUCUAACCAUGCACAUCAUACAAAGGAAGAGGCGUAAUGACCUGCGCGCCAGGAUAGCCCGAGGCGAAGUCAACAUCGAAUCGCUCGGACUCGGGAAGCUCACCGUGCCUCAAGAGAUCAUAGAUCGGAUGAACACUUACACGCCUUCUGCCAAUACCAUUGUGCCAGAGAAAGGAUCGUCACAAGCUUCGCCUCCUCUUGAGCAGUCUACCUGUGCGAUUUGCUUGGACGAUUUUACCGAGUCGCAAUGUCAAGUACGCGAACUGCCCUGUAGACACGUCUUCCACAACAACUGCAUCGAUCUCUUCUUACUAGACACGUCAUCCAUGUGUCCUCUCUGCAAGCAGUCAGUCCUGCCAGAAGGUUAUGUGCCUGGCAAGAUCACAAACGCCCACGUCAGAAGGGACAGGUACCUCCGACGAAAUGCAGCUCGGAGGGCCCGUCACGCCGCCGCCGGAAAUCAAACGUCUAACGCGAGCAAUCUCAUGUUGUUCGGUUCACAGGCCCGGGGCUCUACCAAUGCUUCUGCUCAUGCUCCACCCAUCGAAAUGACAUCCAUACCAGAGCACAGCGGCAUGCAAACAGCUCAGGCCAUCCCGGCAGCCCCGGCCACGACCCAAGGACGAAGAGAGUGGGCGCGGGGACGCGCGCUGGCCAUGUCAGGACUGCAGGGCGCUUCGCUUGAUGAGAGCGAGCAGCCAGAACCGAGGACUUCCAAGGCCCGCAAGCUCUUACGCAGGAUUUUCCCAUCCUUUUGA